AUGGCGCCCCCUGUCGCUCCAGACAGCCCCCACUGGUUGCCCCACUUUGGAUUUUGCUCACGGAGGAAACGGCGGGCGAACGAGGCACGACUGCGCAUGCGCUCCCUGCCUGGCGUCUUCCUGCUGCUGGGCGCCGUCGUCGUCCUCGUCGGCACGGCGAUGGCCGUGGCCAGCUACUGGCCUCACCGGGCCCACCGGUCGGCUCUGCUCGGUCACGCGGGCCCGGGGAAGAGCCUUAGUGAGCCUCCGGCCGCUCGGUGGGGCCCCGGAGCCAGGAGCGCGUUGACUGCGAGCGGCGUAGGCCACCACGACCGCAUGAGGCUGCUGGGGCCAGUUAUCAUGGGCGUGGGGCUCUUCAUCCUGAUCUGCGCCAACACGGUGCUCUAUGAGAACCGCGAUCACGACACGCGCCUGCAGUUCAGAGAGGCGCGGGGCCCCAGACACGGAGUCUCGGCCGCAGAGCCCACUGCGGUCCAGUGCGGUCACUACCACUGGAUGACAAAACUGAACGUUGGUGACGUGGACAUCCUGCGUGCGGGGCGUCUGUCGGACUCGCCGGCGCCCCCUGCUGCCGCUCCUCUUCUGCUGUCCGCCCAGGAAGCCCCGUGCUGCUCCUCCUCCUCCUGGGUGUCCAGCAGCACCAACUGCCGCGCUUUUCCAGCGCAGUUCCGUCCAGAGCCGCAGUUGAGCUCCAGCACCGACCUCCAGCUGGACCGACGCCUGGAGACCGGGAGCGAGUGGGAUGCGGCGGUGCCCCCUAGACGCUCCUACAGCCUGGGCUGCAGGACAGUCCCUGCUUCCUCGGGCCUCGGGGACAAAGACUCCAAGGAUGACACGGACAGCGGACACGAUGUGGCAUCCAGGCCUCUCGGGAGGGAGCCGAGCUCCUCGGUGUGCGUGAACGUGGCAGAGCUGAGCUGCUGGUCACCAGGGGGCGCCGAGGAGUGGAGGUGCAGCAGUUGGCCGCGACUCGACUUUGACGGUGAUGUGACGUCCUGGGAGAGCAGGCGGGAAUCGAUGGACAGGCUGCUGGACUAGAUUAGAUGGGCUGCACUCGCUGGCAGGUGCGACAUCUGGGGAGGACCAGACCGAGGCGGACAUGGCAGCGACGGAGCUGGAACUCGGGGGACACGAUGGGACGGUCCGUCCACCAGUUGUCUUUUAGACCAAAUGUGUUGUGUUUCCAGCACUCGGGCGCGUGCGCAUGUGAGGAAGGGAAAGCGCUCCCACAGUCUGGUGCACUAAGGGGCCCGGAAUCAUGUUUACUCUCUGUCCCUCCCAUCGCUUUUCUCUCUUUUCUCAGAUAUCAUCAUGCUUUGUGACCCCACUGACCCAUCGGCCGCCUUCCUUCACACAAACAGGCUCUGCGGCUGCCGGGUGGAGCUCCCGCUUCAUGCUGAAACUACGUUAGAUUUCAGUGUUAAAUCACGGUACAGCUCAUGUAAUUCAUCUCCGUAAAGCAUCGGCAAAAUCACACUAAUGUUGCAAACCCUUAAACCGUUAACCGUCUUUUGCCACCGCACCGCUGUAGCUGCUGCCUCCGGAUGACGUCCAGCGCGGUACUCUUACUCUGUUUUGCUGUGGUCCUGCCCUUGGUCCUGCACUGCUCAGCGUUGCCCCCUACUGGCCACCGCUGAGGUUCCCUCCCGGAAGACCAUGAGCGGACGCCAGCUGAACGAGUCCAUGGAGGCGGAAAGUCCUCGCAUAUCUGACGCCGAUCUGCUCACGAACGUAACCGCCUUCAAGCCCCAUCCUGCCAAAUCGCAUCAUUUGCACAUAUAACACGACACCUCCUUAGCGUCACACAUCCGUCUAGAAGCUCCGCCUCCAAAUCCAGAGCUCCGGGGAAGGUAAGAAGGUGCCGGGGCUCACUGGCACCCUCAGCAGUAAAGCCUGGCCACCGACCUCGUCGCCA